AAAGGAAUCCUGGAGACAAGAAAGAAAUCUAAAAGCAGAUAAAAAAAAGCAAACACUAAAGUAGAGAGCACUGUAUUCACAAAAGAAGCUUUUUUUUAGGUUUCUUAUAGCAUUACCAGCUAAUCCCAUUUCACAGUACCUGCUUUAUAACUUUACUACUCCUUUAUAUAUAUUUCCACAACCCUUUCUCCCCAUCUUCGAAUGCUCCCUAAAGAAACAAAGAAAAAGAAAUAAAAAUGGUUAAAAUGGGAGGUGUUGUUGUUUGUCUUUUGAUUGUGGGCAUGGAUGUUGGAGCAGGGAUCCUUGGCAUCCAAGCUGAAGUUGCACAAAACAAGGUUAAGCACUUAAGGCUGUGGAUAUUCGAGUGCAAAGACCCGAGCCGUGAUGCAUUCAAGCUAGCGUUGGGUGCAGCGGCGUUGCUGACUCUAGCCCAUGUGCUUGCCAACCUGCUCGGUGGGUGCAUGUGUGUUUGUUCUCAGGAAGAGUUCCACAGAUCAUCCGCUAAUACGCAACUCUCGGUCGCAUGUUUCUUCUUCACUUGGAUCAUAUUGAUGGUGGGAUUGGGGACGCUGGUGAUAGGGAUACUACAAAACGACAAGUCCAAGGCGUCGUGUGGGCUGACGCACCACCAUUUCCUGUCCAUCGGAGGGAUAUUGUGUUUUGUUCAUGGGCUGUUUUCGGUUGCUUAUUACGUUUCUGCUACUGCAGCUAGUGAUGAAGGAAAGUAAAAAUGGAAUGUCAUAUUGGGUCAACAGUCACU